CGCUCCCGCCCGCCCCAUUCCAGCACAGCGCCGGGGUUCCCCGCGGCCCCGCUCCCUCCGUCCACAGCCCCCCCUCCCUCACACCCGCCCGCCCUCCGCGGCAACGCCGACGCUUCCCUACCCAAAGAGGGGAAAAGCAGAGCCACCCAGUAGCCCCGCCACCGUUCAUAAAUACUAAUUUUCAGCGAAAGGGGAAUAAAACAUAUCGACAACAGAACUGCUCUCAGCGCCGCUCCCUUUUGCCUGAUGCUCCUCACAUAGUUGGGUUUUCUCCUCUUUUCCUUUCCCUUUCCCCCCUUUCUUUCCAUUUACUUUCUUUUUUUUUGCUUUUUAUUUUUCCCCCCUCCAUCACCAAAAGCAAGUCGGGGGAACAACUGUGUCUGAUGCCUUAUCUCUUUUGUGCUGACUGCUGGAGAUGAGCCUAGGCUUGACCUGACCAUGAUUCCAAGGACUGGCACUUCUCUUUUACCCCUACUUUGUAGAGAUCCAGACCUUCUCUUCCUGAUUGUCAAGAAAAAUAAAUUAUUGCUGAAUUUGGAAAUCUAGACGGCAGCAGCUUACUUUUUCCGUGCAUCUCUCUGGAAUCAUUUCUGGGAUAUUUCCAAAUCAUCACAGAAAGCAGGAGGAAUGAACCGGCAGCUAGUGAAAAUAUUGACAACCUUGUUUGCAUUUUUCUUAGAGACAAACCACUUCAGGACGACUUUCUGUAAAGAACAUGAUUCAAGAUCUGGAAAAUCCCCCUCACAGACCCUGUCUCCUUCAGAUUUUUUGGACAAAUUGAUGGGAAGGACAUCGGGAUAUGAUGCUAGAAUCAGACCAAAUUUUAAAGGUCCUCCUGUAAAUGUUACCUGCAACAUAUUUAUCAACAGCUUUGGUUCAAUAGCAGAAACUACAAUGGACUACAGAGUGAACAUUUUUUUGAGACAGCAGUGGAAUGACUCACGUCUGGCUUACAGCGAAUAUCCUGAUGAUUCCCUGGAUUUGGAUCCCUCUAUGUUGGAUUCUAUUUGGAAGCCAGAUUUAUUCUUUGCCAAUGAGAAGGGAGCAAACUUCCAUGAUGUCACAACAGACAACAAGUUGCUGAGGAUUUCUAAAACUGGAAAGGUGUUGUACAGUAUCAGGCUAACGUUAACCUUGUCCUGUCCCAUGGAUUUGAAGAAUUUUCCUAUGGAUGUACAGACAUGUACAAUGCAGCUAGAGAGCUUUGGCUACACCAUGAAUGAUCUGAUAUUUGAGUGGCUAAGUGAUGGACCUGUGCAAGUCGCAGAGGGAUUAACCUUGCCACAGUUUAUUUUGAAAGAAGAUAAAGAACUUGGUUAUUGCACAAAACAUUACAACACUGGAAAGUUUACAUGCAUUGAAGUCAAGUUUCAUUUGGAGCGUCAGAUGGGAUACUAUUUAAUCCAGAUGUACAUUCCUAGCCUGCUGAUUGUCAUUUUAUCCUGGGUUUCUUUCUGGAUCAACAUGGAUGCUGCUCCAGCCAGAGUUGCACUGGGUAUCACUACUGUUUUGACAAUGACCACGCAAAGCUCAGGAUCUAGAGCUUCCCUCCCAAAAGUCUCCUAUGUAAAAGCUAUUGACAUUUGGAUGGCCGUGUGUCUUCUCUUUGUCUUUGCUGCUUUGCUGGAAUAUGCAGCAGUCAACUUCGUUUCACGGCAGCACAAAGAGUUUCUGAGGCUUCGAAGAAGGCAAAGAAGACAAAACAAGGAAGACGAAGUUGCUCGUGACAGUCGAUUCAAUUUCAGUGGCUAUGGCAUGGGCCACUGCCUCCAAGUCAAAGAUGGCACAGCAGUCAAGGCUCCGCCACCCAACCCGCCCCCAGCACCACCAAAGGAUUCAGAGUCCAUCAAAAAGAAGUUUGUUGACCGUGCAAAAAGGAUUGAUACCAUAUCCCGUGCUGCAUUCCCACUCGCCUUCCUCAUUUUCAACAUCUUUUACUGGAUUACAUACAAAAUUAUACGGCAUGAGGACAUUCACAAGAAAUAGGCAACUCUGGCUCGCCAGGACUUCUUAGCCAAAGUGAUCUACGUGUAAAUAAACAGUGAAAUGUCUUUCUGUCAUAUGGACUAAGGAUUUCUUCCCGACUCCCCCAGAACACUGGAGAAAAAAUUAGCAAAGAGGAAAACAAGUGUAGAAGGAAAAGUGAUUCCAUGAUAAAAUAUGCAGUGAGACCAGUCAAGAGGCUCCCCCUAUACACUCCUGGUGUGUUCUUCCAGAUUCAGCAUUGAUCAGACAUCUAUAAUUUGGGCCAAAUUUUACCCAGCUUUAUCACCAAGAUAUUACCUUUCAGAACAAAAGAGAAUCAGAAAACAAACAAUUCUCCUAAAACAUCUAUCAAGAGACUGUGGUGGCUACAGUGCAGUGAGUUAUAAGAGGACCAAAACUUUUCAGGAUAAUGUUGCCUUUCUAUUUGAAACAAGUCUACUGAGCUACAUUCCAUGACCACGUCUGUAGGUAGUGGUUUCACCAAGGAGUCCUUUUGUGGGUUGUAAAUUAUUUCUACUGAUCGAGGAGAGGGAAAAAAGAAAAAAAAAGAAAAAAAAUUUAUACUUUACUAUCCUUGUGGGUGUGCAUUUUAAUAUUAUCUUGCUUUACUAGAAUUGUAAUUUUGGGGUUGAACUUGUGUGUCAUGUGAUUUAUUUGAUAGUUGACACUCCAAAACCAGUGAAACUGCCUGGUUUAUUUCUGUUGGGAGACAGUGCACUUAUUUAAUUUUAUUUCUGCUGAUUUUACAUGCAAUUUGAGGUGCCAAACUGUAUUUUACCUAUUGUGCUACCCUGUACCACACUACUUAGCAAGAACUUGUUUCCUCAAAGGUGUAGCUCAAUUUAGCAUUGAGUUUCUAUUAUCGCUCUCAUUGUAGCUGCAGUCAAUAGCUCUAUAGGUAAACACAACUUGUUUACAGACCUCUAAUUUAUAUCUUUACUCAAAGUGGCUAUCAUUUUAAAUAUCAUUAAUUAACCUAAGAAUUUUAAAACUGUACUGUGAUUUUCAGAACCUGUUACCUUUUGGUGCCGGAUCUGCGUUAUUCAAAUCCUUGCUACAUGUUUUAAAGUAGAAAAUUUAAAAAAAACUUUAAAAAAAAAGAAGAAAAAAAAGAUGGUAUUUUUGCUUACAUGGAAGAAGACAACCUGUAACAUAAGAUGAGUAAAACAUUAAAAUUUUACACUUGCUGUAAAAGGGUUUAUUAAAAAAAAAAAAAGCUAUUUGUUCAAUUUCAAUAAAGCUAAAUGUGGUACUAACAUUUCUUCACUCUUUUCUUCAUUUGCAGCAGCUGCAGCAGCAGCAGGGCUCUUCGUGCCACAGCCCAGCUCUUCCACUGCUCUGUCAGCAGAAAGAGGGUGAGAAGCAGCCUUCUGCUGACAUGACUUAGCAUGCCAAUUUUUUCUAGCUAUCCUGCAGCAAAGGGACUAUUGCAGCCCCUGGGAGUACGUCAAGGACUGUCAGGAGCGUGUCUAGGAUAUGAUGGCAGCAUUUGUAGAACAUUUAUAUGUGCUGAGCCAGGCCUGGGGGAGGAGGGACACUGCACCCCUCUCACAGCAUCCCUGCAUAGCAAGAAAUACAGCCCAGCUUCACAUGUGCUGUGCCUGGCUCAGGGGUGUCCUGAGCGUUCUUCUGGCUUUCUUACAGCUCACCACUUUGGUGAGCUGAAGGACAUGCUGAGACAGCCUGUGUCUCUUGUAGACAUGGAAAUGACCAUCAGUUUAAAAGCAAAUUUAAAACUUCAUUCAGUUUGCUGACCUUCCCUUGUGAGGCCCAAAUGCACACAUUAUAGCUGCCCAGUAUAGAUAUUUUUUUCUCACUCCCCUUAUGAGAUGUGGCAUUGAGACAUACUGAGCCUUCAGCACCUCUCACUCUGCUUUUGUUCUUGGAUGGCUUGUGCUGAAAAUACAGGUUCCACAGCCUGUCUGAGCCUGUAUUUAUGUUUUUAUGUAUCUGUGUCUGUGUUCCCAUCUCUCUCCACAUGGCUGCCUGUAGCUACCAGCAUUUGUUCCUCCCCAGAACAGGGGAGGGAAUCUGGAGGUCGUGACAACUCUGAUUCAUGAGCAAUAAAUUGGUGACAAAACCCAGUCAAGCAUUUGA